CGCAACGCAACGCAACUCGCAAGAAUUGAAAGUGAUAACAAUGUUCGUACGUAGAAAAGUAAAAUGUAAAAAACAUGUACAUAAGUAGAUGAUGUAUUAUUUCGUGUCUGUUACAUUAUGUAAUUUGCUACGUAGAACAGUGAAAAAAAUCGCUUCCAGAUCGUAUGUACUCCAUUAAUGAUUUCGUGAAAAUUUUAUGAACAGCUAGCAACUAGAAGUGUUAUAAAUCGAUUCACCUUUCGGUUUCAAAAAUGUAAAUAUCAGCUGAUACGGAUUGUGAAACUAUAGUACAGAGAUAUUGUUGCAAUUUCGGUCGUUAAUUUGUUAGUAAUGUUUUCGAAAUGAGUUCCAAUCCUAAACCAUCAAUGUUUUCAACAUCGAAAACACCACUGUUCUCUGGUCGGACUUCCGAACCAUCGAAUUUUUUAGAAAAAUAUAGAACUAUUUCCGGAAAGAAAUCCUUAGUUAAUCCAACAGAAGAAGAAUCGAAAUUAUGGGAAAAUCGUCUGAACGAACUUUUAAUGGACGGAAACGGAGAUCUAUUGUUGGAAGUUGGCGUCGGCGAUGUACCUGGAAUCGAAGAUCCUGGUUUAAGCACUAACGAAUACGAAUGCUCAAUCAGUAAUUUGAAAGCUAUUGCAUCUCAAAUAAAUGCCCAUUGUAUCGAAUUGAAUAGACGAAAAGUAGACGAAGGUUUUGCUGGUCAUUGUUUGAUUAGAAAAUUGCUUUCAGAGCAAGAUUUCAUCGAAAUUAGAAUUGCAGUUGUUGGAAAUGUGGACGCAGGUAAAUCUACACUGUUGGGAGUUUUAACUCACGGUGAACUUGAUAAUGGUAGGGGACAAGCGAGACAGAAAUUAUUUCGCCAUAAACAUGAAAUGGAAUCAGGAAGAACAAGUUCGGUUGGAAAUGACAUCUUAGGCUUUGAUGUCGAAGGUAACAUCGUCAAUAAAGCCGACCACGGUUCUUUGGAUUGGGUUAAAAUUUGCGAACGUUCCACCAAAGUAAUUACUUUUAUUGAUCUCGCUGGGCAUGAACGUUAUUUAAAAACCACUGUCUUUGGAAUGACUGGCCAUGCUCCUGAUUUUGGGAUGUUAAUGAUUGGUGCGAAUGCUGGAAUUGUUGGUAUGACCAAAGAACAUUUGGGCCUAGCCUUAGCUUUGAAUGUUCCAGUUUUUGUUGUAGUUACUAAAAUUGACAUGUGCCCUCCAAAUGUACUCGAAGAAACGUUAAAAAUGCUGAAUCGAAUUUUGCGUUCACAAGGUUGUCGAAAAGUACCCAUUAUGAUUAAAAGUGUUGACGAUGUUGUUAUGGGUGCCAAAAAUAUGUUAUGUGAGAGGUUGUGUCCGAUAUUUUUGGUGUCCAGCGUUACAGGAGAGAAUUUACAUUUCCUAAAAACGUUUUUGAACCUGUUAUCUACACGAGUUUCUUUUAAUAACGAAGACCCCGCUGAAUUCCAAAUUGAUGAUAUUUACACAGUGCCAGGUGUAGGUGUAGUAGUAUCAGGGAUAACGUUGAAAGGAGUUGUUCGAGUCAAUGAUACUCUAUUAUUAGGACCUGAUCCCGUGGGACACUUCAUAUCUACAUCGAUUCGUAGUAUUCAUAGAAAAAGGAUGCUGGUGAAAGAAGUUAGAGGAGGUCAAACAGCUUCAUUCGCUUUGAAAAAGGUGAAAAGGUCUCAAAUACGAAAAGGCAUGGUGAUGGUUUCACCCUCAUUGAAACCAAUUGCAUCAUUGGAAUUCGAAGCCGAUAUCUUAGUAUUGCAUCAUCCAACAACAAUAAAUCCUAGAUAUCAAGCCAUGGUUCAUUGUGGAAGUAUUCGGCAAACUGCUUACAUUUUGAAAAUGUCGUCUCGAAGUUUACGAACAGGAGAACGAGCCACGGUCCAUUUUCGUUUUAUCAAGUAUCCAGAAUACUUAAAAGUCGGUCAAAGAUUGGUUUUCCGUGAAGGUAGAACAAAAGCUGUUGGCAAUGUAUUAAAAAUGAUUCCUUGUAACGAGCAACUUGGAGUAAUUGCUUCACACAAAGCUCAAAAAGCGAAUAAAAUAUUAGCCUCUUUGCAACCGCAACUGUCUUCAGAAGAGCUUCCAAAGCCAGCUGAAAACGAAAGUACAAAUCAAGAGAACUUCGAAGGAUUUUCUUCAGUUACAAAUGACAUGAAACGUCUAAAUACAAACUCAAAGUAUAAUAAAAAACAUUCGCGGGGUAAUCAAGGAAAAAAUUGAAAUGUGAUAAUGUAAAAUGUGAAUCAUGUGAUUUUUUUAAAUGUUUAUUUUACGAACAUGACUUGCAUGUUUAUUGCUUGAAAAGAAUUCUUAUACAACAAAACACGACGGUUAAGUACAGGACAGACUACCUUACAAUACAAACGGUAUUAUUUUUGUCUUAAAAUUUUGACUAGUCACAAGUUACAGUUUUCGUUUUAUUUUUUGUUCGUUGAUGAAUAUCUCACUGUCUUUUAUUAUUAUUAUUUUUUUUCUAACCGAAAAGUAUUAGUUUUAGCGAAAAAUGUUCAUCUUCUGUUUCUUUCUUUUUUCUUUUGAAGAAUCUCUACUCAGCGUGGCGCAGUUAAUAACCUGAAAAUGUUUUUUCUUUGGUUUCCCUAUUAUUAGGUUUUAGGUUAUUUCAUUUUUUUGCUUAAUAAAUAUUAAAUACUUUCUUAUGAAAGUGGAAUACAUUAAAACGUGUUCCUAAUGAUGAAAUGUUCGUAAUCAUAGCAUAAGAUUUUUUCUGAAAAUGUUUUUUUUUUGAUUAUUCUCAUUGUUGUCAAAAUUUAAGUUAAUUUGUUCAGUACAGUCUUACCGAGACUUACACUUCACUUGUUUUGAUUCAAUCAAUUCUUCCAAUUAUGAAAGUAUAGCACAUACAUAAUUUUACUUGUAUCGAUAAUUUACCAAAUUUUGUUGAAUUCUUUUUCUUUUUGUAAAAAAUAAAUUUUGAAAGACGUA